UGCCAACCCAAACGCUUAAAAGCCAAUCUCCAACAAGUCAAAAUGGUGGAUUCUUAUUUAUUUUGAUAAAUUUUUGUGAUUAUAUGCCUUCCUUUUUUAUUUAUUCUGACACACAAUGGCUUCAAACAGUGAUGGCAACACUAGCAAUGGACAAUUAUCACGGAACUUUUCGAUGAAUGCAGGCAGUCCAAGAGAGAGGGAUUAUGAUACACUAUUGCAGCAGUAUGAUAAGGCAAAUGCUGAGUUAAUCACAUUGCGGCGAAGAUGCGAGCACGCCAUGAAGGAAUUGGACUAUUACAGGACGCACCAUCGAGCCUCGGCGUCGUCGCAGGACUCUGGAUCGUUGCGCACAAAAUACGGAGACAUCCUGGGAGACAAUCAAAGACAUAGCGAAGACUAUGACGCGCUAAGGAAACGCUACGACGACCUUCUAACACAGCACACCCAAGCUAUAGCCAAACUUGAGAUUGCCCAAGACGAGGCCGGUCGCAUUACUAAGCAAUGCGAGGAAUACAGCCAGGAGAGGAAUAAUUCGUUGCGAGAUGUCGCGAAUCUGAAGCAGCAGCUGACAAAAGCAUAUGGGCAAUGGGAUAUAGUAGUAAGAGAUUGUAGCAAGUUCCGAGAAGCCCUUCAAAUUUCUCAACAGAAAUACGAGGAUGAAGCCAAACAGGCUUUGGCAUUUCGGAUUAAGGCGACGAAGGAGCUGCAGCGUUUGACGGAGGAGCGAAACGCCAGCAUGUCCGAAUACAAUCUCAUAAUGAGUGAAAGAGAUACAGUGCAUAAAGAGAUGGAGAAGCUGUCAGAUGAUCUAACUCAAGCGUACAAAAAAAACAAGUUGCUGGAGGCUGGGAACAAGGAGCUGGCUGAAGAGAAGCAGAGCUUGAACUAUCAAAUGGAAUCUCUGAGGAGGGAAAUCGCGAGUGCGCUGCACGAUCGCGAUAAGGCGUUGAAGGAGUGUAACGAUCUGCGGGAGAAGUUCGGUGAAUACAGUGCUAGCAAGGAGGAGAAUCGCGAUCUAAUGAAGAGCAGGCUGGACAGUUUGAAUCAUCUCGGGGAGAAUUCGACCAGGAAAGAGGUUCAAGUGGAUUCGCGCAGUUUCGCACAGCGACAGCGUCUCGACAAUUUGGACCAGGCCAAUCAAGAGUUGGAGAGUCUCCGCAAGAGUUUGGAUAAAACGCAAUGCGAAUUGACGGAGGCCAUCCAGGAAGCGGAGGUGUCGAAGGGUCGACGGGAUUGGGCAUUCUCCGAGCGUGAUAAAAUCGUUCUCGAACGCGAGAGCAUCCGAACUUUAUGUGAUAAUAUGAGGAAGGAGCGAGACAGGGCUGUGUCAGAGUUGGCCGAAUCGCUACGAGAAUCCGAUGCCAUUAAGAAGCAACGAAAUGAAUUGAUCAAGGAAGUUAAAAUGCUCAAAGAAACGUUGGAGAUUCAGAUGGAGAAGGAGGCUCAGCUGAAUCAGUUCAGAGACAUGGGGCAUACCCAUUCCCAUGACAGUGCAAUAGACAGUGAUAUGCAAGAAUGGGAGACUGAAAUCCUUGAAAUAGACUUGUCUAGGCUAACGAAAGACAACGAUUUAGGUUUUAAAGUAGUUGAAGGAAGGGACAACCCGCAUUUUCCUAAUGAUAACGGAAUUUACGUGAUGUCCGUAAAUAAAGGGUCCGUGGCGGAGGGCAAGCUGCGCGUCAACGAUUGCAUAACACGCGUGAACAACAUCGAUUGCAAUUCGAUAUCGACUCGGUUAUUCCUAGAGACGAUAAGGGCCAGUAUUCCUGUUGUGCAUCUGGUUGUCAGGCGGAAGAAAAGUCCGAAUUGGUCGCCGCAAUCUCGAACCACGCCUCCUAGCUUUCAGAACAAUGCAAAGGUCGCUCGAUGGGUGCACACUGCAAAGCUGGCAGCCGGUUGCCAUGGGCUAAGUCUAGAAUCGGGUGUUUAUAUUAGCAAAAUAAGCGAUGGUAGUUUAGCUUCGAAAGAUAGCAGCUUAGUUGUUGGAGAUAGAGUGUUAAGAGUAAACAAUAAAUCUAUGGAUGGCUAUGACAGCAUUCACGAGGCGAUGGUGAUACUGAACGACGAUCGGGCAGACGCCAUCACGAUAACAACGCUGAAGAUGAGUUAUUUGGAUCCGGAAUGCACGACUAACGUGUUUAUGCCGGUGCAAAGGUAUAAGAAGGAAAACAGGAGUUCGCAGACGGAAGACUAUAAUAAUGGGGACUACUAUGACAGAAGAUACAUUCAGCAUGUGCUGCCUGAUUUCAGGACCAAAAGCAAUCAAGAGACCAAAAACAGUGGCGCUUGGUUAGAAAAGUUGGGUAUUGGUCGAGGUAGGAGGCAUUCGAAAGAUAGGAAUAGAUGUGAAGGAAAUAAGAAGUAUAGGAACAGUUCGCCGAACCCUUUGGAGUUGGUUUCGAACACCUUUGAACAGGAACAAGCGAUCGCCGAAUUAGAUUUGGUAAUUGAAAGUUAUCAUGGGGAUGGGGCAAAUACAAUGAAGAGAACGAAAAGGCACGGCAAGGAAAUGACGACGCAGGAGAAAAACGGAGGUACUUGGCCUAAGACUAGAGCAACGAAUAUUUUGGAGAACACGAUGGGAACCAUUGUUGCAAGGAAAAAACAGCGUCCGGGUUUGAGUCUGCUGAUCAACAGAGACAACGAGUCGGACUAUUAUUGUCCGAAUCAGAUGAAUCGGAAUUCGACACCAGUGACACUGACUGUGCCACCGAAUUUGAACAGACACAGCGCAUACAAAAGCAUGGACAACUCGUCGCAUUUUCCUAAGGACUUCAGUUCGGUGAAUGAUUCGUUUGAGAAGCUGCGGGAAAACAAGAUCAACGAUUUCGAUGCAGCGCGCGACGGCGGGACCCGCCUCAGUAUGAACAUGAAGAGUGAUGAUAGUUUGGAUUUCUCCAAAUCUAUUAGGGAUAAGGACAGCUACUACAGACCCAAAACUAAAAUCGGUGGCACCAAGUACGGAUCAGAUUCGGAACGAGACAGCUUAAUCGGUCACGAAGGUUUUCCGACAGCUCACACACGAAACCAUUCGCAAUUGUUCGGACCUCCGCCACGAGUGCCGUUCCCUUUUCAUCCUCAUUCCCACCCGAAUCCAUCCCCCGUGAAUUUUCCUAACAGCAGUCACUCACGCGAGAGUUUCUGCUUCGAACCGCACUAUCCUCCCUACUCGCAUUCACACAGCCCCUCCGUAGAUGUCGCCUACCCCAAGAGGAAUUUAACAUCGAUACCGCCGAUCUAUUCGUAUGUACCGUACCGCGACUCGGACCUCAUGUACACGCAGAAUUUUGAGGUUGGCACGUUUCCGAGGAAGAAGGAGAACCAGAGGUUUCGGAUCCCUUCGAAUCCGAGCGUGACAUCCAAGAAUUCCGCUGGAAAGGUGAGCACAGGAAGCAUAGAAAGAACUUCGGAACGGGGCAGUCCGAUGCCGACAUUUCAAGUGGAAGUGCUGAAGACAGGCGCGAAACGCAACAGCGUACCAGACUACUGCUGGCCUCACAAACCAUCGCAAGGUGAUCUGCGGAAGGUGCACAUAGACAAAUCCAACGAACCAUUGGGUAUACAAAUUGCCGAUAAUGGAGGCAUUUUCGUCUCAACGGUAAAUGAUAACAGUCUGGCCAGUAGGGUUGGGUUGCAGAUCGGUGAUCAGCUCUUAGAGGUGUGCGGAAUCAAUAUGCGAAACGCAACGUACAAUUUAGCGGCGAACGUCUUAAGGCAGUGCGGCAACUCGAUUACAAUGCUCGUCCAGUAUAGUCCGGACAAAUAUCGAGAAAUUCAAGGUCCUGGCUUCUGCUCAGACUCUAGCUCCAACGAGGACGGAGAUGGCGAACCUACACCUUGCAACUCUCCGAAAGAAAUACGGAAAUCGCAUCCCGCUUCGUUGAGUUUACCGCUUUCCGCAAUGGCUGGUCAGAAUAACAUCAAUCAUAGUCAGCAAGCAUCUACGAACCUUCAAAGGCAAAGUAGUGGUAAUAGGAACGAGGAGGAGCAGCGAUAUCUGUCCAUAAAAACAUUGAAAACCUCGAAUCUGGGUAUUUCGUUGGUCGGCGGUAACGCUGUGGGUAUCUUCAUCCAUUCUGUUCAACCCGAUUCUUUGGCUUACCACGCUGGUCUUCGCACUGGUGAUCAAAUACUUGAAUAUAAUGGAAGUGAUCUGCGACACGCGACUGCCGAAGAAGCCGCCUAUGAAUUAGCCAAACCAGCUGAUAAUGUUACAGUCUUAGCACAUUACCGAAUAGAUUGUUACAACGAAAUUAAGGAUAAACCAGGUGAUAGUCUUUACGUACGUUGCGGCUUUGAUAGAACUGGAAGUGAGGUGGCCGAUAAUUUGCAGCUUUGUUUUAAUAAAGACGAUGUUUUAUACGUGGAUAACACUAUGUUUAAUGGUGUCCCGGGGCAUUGGAGGGCUUGGAAGCUGGACAGCGAAGGACACAGACAGCAAUGUGGAAUUAUACCAAGCAAAUACAAAGUUGAGGAAGAAUUGCUGUUAAGAAGAAGUAGCGGAGAUCUGGAGAGCCGUGGUUCAACGACGGCGAGGAGAAGCUUCUUUAGACGUAAGAAGCACCAGAGGAGCGGAUCACGCGAUUCCAAAGAGCUAGCAAGUUUCUGUAACGUUUCGUCCGGUUGGUACUCGGAUAACGGAACGCUUCACGAGGAUCUCUCGCUUUGCUCGUAUCAACGCGUCGAGAGAUUGGAUUAUCAAGAAUUCAGACCGGUUUUGGUGCUUGGUCCAUUGGCCGAGUGUGUGGUCAAAAAACUGGAGAACGAUUUCCCCAAUAAGUUUAGGAAGAUCAUUUCGGAGACGAGACCCGCCUCCCAGGGUGCCUUGAACCAGGAUCUAGCGGACAACUUGAUAAUCGAUUACAAGAGGAAAGGGAACUAUUUCGAAUGUACUACAGUUUCAGCAAUUCGCUCUGUCUGUAGCUCGAGAUUGCAUUGCAUGAUAGAUAUAUCUAUUUCGUCAGUGGAAAAAUUGCAUCGGCAUCAAAUUUUUCCGAUUGUCCUUUUGAUUAAGUUCAAAAGCACGAAACAAAUUAAAGAAAUUAAGGACACGAUUUACUCAUCGGACAAGUUGUCCGGAAAGGCUGCUAAGGAAAUGUACGAGCAUUGCCAGAAGUUAGAGGCCGAAUAUCGACACCAAAUUACAGCUGUUAUAACGGCCGGUGUGAAUAUUACUCAUAUUUGCACGCAAGUUAAGGCAGCUAUCGAUGCAGAACAUAACAAAAGCCAGUGGGUUCCAGUACAGUGAAAAAUAUAGUCUCGAAACACCAAAUCUUGCCUCGAACACAAUUUUAAUAUUAGAUGAUUUUAUAAUAUUAACAAGCGAAAACGAAAUCCUGUUAAAACGUAAUAUUUAAAAAGAAAAAGAAACACACUUUUAGGCCUAACUUUUUACAUCGGUUACCAAUUGAUAUACAACAUAUAUAUAUAUUUACACUCAUAUAUAAUCUUCCAAACGUUAUUUGUUUUCUUUGUCUCUAUUGGUUUUAAAGAUUUUUACACGUCUUUAAUCGAACAU